GUUGGCGCCGGCUGCGGGUCUGGCCCUCGCGGCUAAGCCGAGCGCGCCCAGCCCGCAGUCUCCGCGGCGCCUCGGCGGCCGCCGCGGCCCAUGGGGAGAGUCGGUCGGGCGGGCCGGCACUAAACUGAAAAGAAGAUGUCCCUGUAUGAUGACCUGGGAGUGGAGACCAGUGACUCAAAAACAGAGGGCUGGUCCAAAAAUUUCAAACUAUUGCAAUCUCAGCUCCAGGUGAAGAAAGCAGCUCUCACUCAGGCAAAGAGCCAGAGGACAAAACAAAGUACAGUCCUUGCCCCAGUAAUUGACCUCAAGAGAGGUGGUUCUUCAGAUGACCGGCAGAUUGUGGACACCCCGCCACAUGUAGCAGCCGGCCUCAAGGAUCCUGUUCCCAGUGGAUUUUCUGCAGGAGAAGUUUUGAUUCCCUUAGCUGAUGAAUAUGAUCCUAUGUUUCCUAAUGAUUAUGAGAAAGUAGUGAAGCGCCAAAGAGAGGAGCGACAGAGACAGCGGGAGCUGGAAAGACAAAAAGAAAUAGAAGAGAGAGAAAAGAGGCGUAAAGACAGACAUGAAGCUAGCGGGUUUUCAAGGCGACCAGAUCCAGAUUCUGAUGAAGAUGAAGAUUAUGAACGAGAAAGGAGAAAAAGAAGUAUGGGCGGAGCUGCCAUCGCACCUCCUACUUCUCUUGUAGAGAAAGACAAAGAAUUACCCCGAGAUUUUCCUUAUGAAGAGGAUUCAAGACCUCGCUCACAGUCUUCCAAAGCUGCUAUCCCUCCCCCUGUAUAUGAGGAACCAGACAGACCCAGAUCUCCUACUGGGCCAGGCAACUCCUUCCUUGCCAACAUGGGUGGCACAGUUGCGCAUAAAAUCAUGCAGAAAUACGGCUUCCGGGAAGGCCAGGGUCUUGGGAAGCAUGAGCAAGGGCUGAGCACAGCAUUGUCAGUAGAAAAGACAAGCAAGAGAGGAGGCAAGAUUAUUGUGGGCGACGCCACUGAGAAAGGUGGGUCUCCCCCACGACCAGGGUUUCCAGAUGCAUCCAAGAAGUCAGAUUCAAAUCCAUUAACUGAAAUACUUAAGUGUCCUACUAAAGUGGUCCUACUAAGGAACAUGGUUGGUGCAGGAGAAGUAGAUGAAGAUUUGGAAGUUGAAACCAAGGAAGAAUGUGAAAAAUAUGGCAAAGUUGGAAAAUGUGUGAUAUUUGAAAUUCCUGGUGCCCCUGAUGAUGAAGCAGUACGAAUAUUUUUAGAAUUUGAGAGGGUUGAAUCAGCAAUUAAAGCUGUUGUUGAUCUGAAUGGAAGGUAUUUUGGUGGACGGGUGGUAAAAGCAUGUUUCUACAAUUUGGAUAAAUUCAGGGUCUUGGAUUUGGCAGAACAAGUUUGAUUUUAAGACCCAGAACACAAGUCACCUCCCGUGAUCCUUAAAUGAACUGCAAGCUGAGCAAAGAAGAAAAAGCGUGGCUGUUGGGUACAGAGAUUCUUGGAAAGACUUCUAAGAUAUAUGUUGAUUGAUCCCUUUUUUAUUUUGUGGUUUUUUAAUAUAGUAUAAAAAUCCUUUAAAAAAAAAAUUGUGUGCCUCUCUG